AAGCCCGCCCCGUGGUGCUCAAAGUUCAAGCUCAUGGAAGCCGAGCUUGCGAAGUUGCGGAGUCUCGUCGGCAAGAGUGGCCCCACACCAUGGCUUCGCGCGGAAGGCGACCAGCACCAGCUCACGGAAGAGAAGAGCGAGAAGGACCCCAGCUUCGCCAAGAGGACGGCCCUGCAGGAGAAGAUCAACUACCAUGAGCGCGCCCUCAAGGAAGCUGUCAAAUAUGAAGAGCAGGAUGGUGCGGCACACGCGUACCACAAGGCAGAGAUUGACAAGCUCAGGGAGCAGAUCCGCGACCUGCGGCCCCCAGCAACGGCGUACAAGCUGGCGUCGCAGAAGCUGGAGCGCAGCAGAACGCAGCUCGACAAGCUCACGAAGGAUCAUGAGGAGAUGCUGCUGCAGCUUCAACGACUGCAGGAGAAGAUAUCGGAAAAGUCGGCAUCGAUCGAGGCGAAGAAAGUUGAGGUUGAGCAGUUCAAAGCGGAGGCAGAGCGUCAUCAGCGGCAAGUGCAAGUUGCCCGAGGUGAAGCUUCCGAUGACGCUGGUCCGAUCAUCCCCGAGGAUAUCAUGGCGCUCGACGUCAACCUCACGGACUUCCAGGAGGAUCCAGGACUGCUGCAGUUCUAUCACCAGUGCCGUGCUGACGCCAAUUUCCAAAAGCUGCAAAAGCUGGCGCAGAGGAAGCUGGAGGUAUCCAUCCCCAAGUCUCCUGCGCCAAGGAACGGGACGCAAGUUCCUGUUGGCCCUGAUUCUGAUGACGGCCUUGAUGGGUCAAGUAGCGGAGGCGAAGGCAACACCAAUGGCGAGAACGGCGAGUCCUCCAAGCGGGCCAACGGCAUCCAGUGGACCACGGAGGACGUCGAAGCUCUUCAUACCGAGCUAUGCAAGGGAGAACACGGCAACGACAUCUCCAUGGACCAGCUAUCCGACAUGGUGGCCGAUAUCCAGAAAACCAAGUUUCGGAAGACAGAUGAAGUGUCCGCAGUACCAACAGGAUGGCCGCCACUCAACGUCUUCAACAUUUACCUGCACACGGCCGAGGGCAUGACGACGAGGAAUGCCAGGAUCCUCAUGAACGUAGGGCUCGCGAUGGCAGGCGCUGGGCGUUUCCAUCGCGCAACCAAGAUCAACCGUGUGCAGGCGCCAGCGGUAGUAUGCAAGACCACCACAGACGGCAUGAGCGGACACCCUCACCAGAUUGUGCUGGACAUGGAAGCCAAGCACCACAAACUCUGGCAGGCGAUUGAGGAGGCACCGCGCGUCUGGGUACCUGAUCGCAGCACCAUGGAUAGACCUAGUCCAGGCAUGAUCAGAGCAGCGUCGGAGGCGUUCACCACGAAGACCUCGAGCAGCCUGGACGGCAUCCACCCGUCGCACUUUCAGCACCUGAGCGACGAAUCUUCGGAGGGCCUUUGCGACAUCUUCCAGGCGGUGGAUGCGAUCGGAGUAUUUCCGAUUCAACUGACGUGGAUGGUGAUGCCGAUGUUGCCCAAAGCUGCUGGAGGACACAGGUUGAUCAUUCUGUACUCGGCGGCUUACAGAGUAUGGCAGAAGAUGAGAAGACCUGGGCUCGACAUGAUCCAGCAGAGAUUGGACCGCACCUACUGGGGAGCGGCAUCGGGGAGAAGCGCAGUUGCCAGUGCGUGGAUCCUUGCAGCGGACAACGAGCAGAAUGUAUGUCAGAACAGGUUCGUGGUAACGAUUGUCGCAGACUACAGCAAGUAUUACGAGACGAUCGGGUUGGACCAGGCGCGUGACAAAUUGAUGCGCCUAGGCAUGCCAGUCCCAAUGAUCAAGGCUCACGCCGUCGAACAGUACGACAUGUACACGACCUUGCAUCCGCUGGUGCGCUUCGCCUCCUACAUUGAUGACACAGCGCUCGGCGUCAACAGCAGUUGCAAGCAGAGGGUGAUUGACCAGGCGGUGGAUGCUACAAAAGGCUUCUUCAAGGUUGCACGGGCAUUAGGGGCCAGCAUCAACGAGAAGCUUGCCAUCAUUGCGAGCACCAAGGCUAUAAGUGAUGAAGUCAGUCGCCGACUUCACCUUGAUAUGAAGAUCAGCUUGAAGAGUACGGCGUAUCUGGGCACUGACGUUUCUGGAGGCAGGGCUCGGAAUGCCAAAGGUACGCGUGGAAAGUUUCGGGCAAGACAGAAUGCGCAUGGCAGAAGGCUGGGGAAGCUACGGAAGUUCAAGAAGGUGCUCGCUGGCAAAAAGACGGAGAGAAUUGGGAAGAUCUACCGUGUUGGUGCGAGGCCUGCAUACACGUUCGGGGUGGAGGUCAACGGGGUCAACGACGUGGAACUACUGAAGUUAAGGCGGGAUUACAACAAGCACGUCAAGCCCAACCACGGCGGCACCUCCGCGAGCGCGAAGCUCGUGCUGCUAGGCCUGAUACCGCAGCUGUUCCACUUGAAUUGCUGGAAGCUUGGUGGAGAAGGGCAGUUACCGAACCUGGAGUGGUCAAUCAGUGGAGUAAAACACGUGGUCCCCUUCAACGCGCAGCACUCUCAGUACAACGAGCUGGGUGGCAAACGCGUACAGGGUGCCUCUGGAUCAACCAUCGAGGUGAUGAGGAAGUUCAACAAAUACCAGAAGUUCUGUAUCAUGAACUGCGCAUGUGAUGGAGUAUGGACACGUCAAAAAGCGAAGGAGAAAGGUUACCUAAUGGACGGCAAGUGCGAAUGUGGGGAUGAGGACACGUUGGUGCAUAGGCUGGCGGAGUGCACUCGUCCAGAAGUCGUGGAAGCACGACGAGAAGCUGGCAUCCCCGAGUCGUUCCUUCAGGAGCUACGCCAAGCGCCAGAUGAUCGCGUCGUAACCCAAGGGGCCUUCGCAUAUCCCGAGUGGGAAAUUCCUGACAUGCAACUCGGCACUGGUAGCGUGAUUCUCGACGGUGAUGGCAGCGAUUUCGAUUGCACGCCCGAGACCAUGGCUGCGACAGUGCUUGCUGAGACGGAUUUGGAGAUGGAGCUUUCUUUCGACGGGAGCUGCACGAAGCCAGAUAUCCUGGAGCUCCAGAGCGCUGGAUGGGCUAUCGCUUUAAUGGAUCCACAUUCGGACAAAGUACUAUGUACGAUGCACGCCCCAGUGCCAGCUUCGCUUCCGCAAUCCUCGGCGAUGGCAGAGUAUCUAGCCUACGCGUACACAGGACAGGUGGCAGACCGACCUACCGACGGAUACGCGGAUUUCAUGGGCACGGUCCGACUGGCGGCUCUCACGCACGAGCAGCAGUUACGGUCCAAGUCGGCAUACGCGUGCGUGGCCAUGUUUGCUCAGAGCCUACCUGGAUUCCGUUUCCUCCGCAGCGUGACGCACGUGAAGGCACACCGUUCGGGGGCGGAGUAUGCUGGCCUGGAUAUGGCCACAAGGAGGCUCACAGAUGCCAAUGUCUAUGCGGACGUACGAGCCAAAGCUGGUGCGGCGAUGCAUGCAGCCAUCAGCGAGGAUUUCGCGAUGGCUAUCGACACGGCCACCGUGAGGAUCAAGAAUUUUGCGAAGUUGGUAGCGGCCGUGCUACCCUUGUUUGAUCGUGAUGGUCAAGAGCGAUGGACAAGGCGAGCUGCCCAGGUCAAGAGGGUAAGGAGUACGCGCACCGAUGGAUGGCACCAGUGGGAGGAAGGAAGGUUCGGUCUUCAAUGCAAGGCGUGCUUGAAGAUCAACAGCCCAGGGAUGGAAGUUAUGCUCAAUGGCUGUGCUGGCACCCCUACUUUCCUCAAGGCAUUCCUCAACCAACCACUCGGACAUCACCUCGUGGCGGUGAACCAGGAGGGUGACGGGCUCAGCGACGACGCGGCCCCCACGGUCUUUGUCUGUGUAGGCCCACACAAGACGCUGGCGAGGCACAUGGACUUGAUGAUCCCCCUGUGCAAGCUCAUGCCUAAGACCCUGCCCCCUCUGGUCUCGAAGACCUGUGUCAGCCGACCCGUGGCGAUGGCGGAGAACACGGGGUACGAGCACAAGAUGGCAGCAAUGAUGGAAAGGAUAAAGGCAAAGGAAAAGGCGAAGCGCGAGCAGUGCCCCCCGUGGCACAACAGCAUGGCGAUCACCUACCCGCAGCCGCUGAAGAAGGAGUCGGUGAUGAUGACGGUGCAGGCUGCAGCCGAGACGGAAAGGAGGCAGGAGCAGGGCCUCAACCGCAUGAUGGAGGUGCGCAGCAGAGAGGACGAGCAAGGCAGCCAAGUCUCUGGGCACUCUUUCAGGCCAGGCAGCGGCUGCGGUGGCAAGUACCACGAGGAGUUCUUCGAGAAGAAGUACUACGCGGAGUACUUCCUGCACGGCGCCUGUGGCCCUGGAGGCGCCUCCCAGGGGCGGCGCGGAGGCGGCUGGGGCGAGCCGCCCCAGCCGCAUCACCCCCUGCGCGGCGAGAGAAGCACUGGCCUCGGCCUCGCGGGCCCGGGAGUGUCUGGGGCACUGGAAGUGUUCCUCGCGCCCGUCCCAGGGCAGCUGAGAGGUUCGUUCUCUGAGGUCACUCUUGCCAUGGGUCAUUCUAUGGCUCCGGGGUCAGCUCAGAAGCUCAUGAAGUGGUUGGUUGCCGAGGCCCAGGUCGACCUCGAUGUGCGGGCGAAACAGAACAGUAGCACGCCACUACCGCCCAUGCACCAAGCCCCUGUCGUCGACCUCAACUUCGACGACGCAGAUGCGCAGGAGGCGGCAGGCGAUGGCGCAACGGAGGACGUGGCGCAGGACAAGCGCGUGUUGAACCACAUCACGCUGGUGGACGAUUUUGUGAGGUGGCCUCUGAAGACCAAAGUCGAAUCGUCCGGUAUCAUCAAGCAGCGGCAGGUGCUCGACACGCUCCGCGACGCCAUGCAGCAGGUCUGCAGAGACAUGCCCCAGGCGGUGGAAGUUCUGGACCAGACAGCGCGCGCCUUGACGACGAAUGGCAAGGCCAUUGUGAAGCUGGAGAAGGCCGCCGAGAAGGCCGCAGCAGAGGACCCCCCUGAAGAAGCGACGCCAGAGGCGGAAACUUCCGCCCGCAGGCCUUGA